AUCGCAAGGGCCAUUGCUAGCGCCAGCAAAGUUGUGAGCCAUAGUCAUCCACUGUCCAAUGCCUUUAUUUCUAAACUCCGCUAUAUAACCGCCUGCGUUCGCGAAUCGCUCCGGUUGUGGCCGACUAUCCCUGUCAUCGCUUUCAAACCCAAAGAUAAACAAAAUCCCACAAUAUUUGGCAAGGAAAAGUUUUCUUUGAUGCCGGGCCAAACUAUAAUUGCUCUCCUGCCCGCCAUUCAUCGAGAUCCAGACGUCUGGGGGGAUGAUGCAGAUGAAUUUAGGCCAGAAAGAAUGGUAGACGAUAAGCUAAAUGCUCUGCCGAGGAAUGCCUGGAAGGCCUUCGGAAAUGGCGCUCGUGGCUGUAUUGGUCGACCAUUUGCUAUGACUGAGAUGGUAUUGAUCACCGCACUGCUCGCACAAAACUUCGACGUCGACCAGGAUGACCCCGACUAUGAACUCAAUAUUGACCAGAUUGUAACUUUGCGGCUAGCGGACUUCUUCCUCCGCGUGAAACUAAAACCAGGCAUCGACUCUGUGCAGCUCGCCAAUCAGCUUUUUAAUGAUCAGGAAGCUAAAAAGAGGCCUCGCGCAGAAUCAACGAUAACCCAAGCUGCGAAAAAUAACUUAAAGCCCAUCACCGUUCUUUAUGGAUCUAAUACCGGAACAUGCGAGUCUCUGGCUCGCUAUUUUAGCCGUGACGCCUCCCGAUAUGGGUUCAAUCCCAUAGUGCUACCGUUGAACUCAGCAUUAGACAAGCUACCGAUUAACUGGCCGGUCAUUAUUCUAACAGCUAGCUAUGAAGGACAGCAAGCUGCCAAUGCGGCCGAUUUCGUUUCGUGGCUGGAAGCUAUCGACAAGCCCAUUCUGUCUAAAGUCUCGUUUGCAGUCUUUGGCUGUGGAAAUCGCGACUGGGCGGCGACAUUCCACCGCAUCCCGAAACUUAUUGACGAACUGCUGAGUGAUGCGGGAGCCAAACGCUUGCUUGAAUUAGGGCUGGUUGAUGUGUCCUCAAUGGCUGUGCAAGAGACAUUGGAAGAUUGGUCCAAGAAUCAACUAUGGCCGGCAUUACAAACUAGAUAUAAGGUUCCAGAGCUCCGACCUUUGCCCAGCAAGUUAAGGGUUGAGUUCGCCAACCAUUUGAGGCAAACCUUCAAGCAGCAGGAGUUCAUUGAAGCCUCCGUGAUAGAGAACGGAUUGCUCACAGCACCGGAGGUCAAAGCAAAAAGACACCUUGAGCUUGCGCUUCCACCUAAUGCUGAGUACAAAGUCGGUGAUUAUCUGCAUAUCCUACCAAUUAACCCCCAAGUCAUUGUGCAAAGGGCGAUGAGACGUUUCUCUCUUAUGGAAGGUACAUACAUGAAAGUUACUGGUGGCCUAUCAACAUUAUUACCCACUGGUACAGAAAUAUCCGUGGAGGAGGUUUUAAACAGAUAUGUUGAGCUCUGCCAACCUGCCACACAAAAGAACCUGGAACAGAUCACAUUAUCGACCCCUCAUUUAUCAGAGCGAGAAAGGGUUUGCCACCAGGCCCCCUCAGCAACCUCUCUUCAGGACAAGAGAAUCAGCAUUUUAGACCUUCUAGAGCAUGCUGCCUCAUCCACGAUAUCUUUCGCAGACUUCGUCUCCAUGCUGCAGCCUCUUCGAGCCCGGCCAUACUCUAUCUCUUCCUCUCCCUUGAAGUGCACAAGAUCAUGCUCUCUAAGCGUGUCCAUUGUAGAUAAUCUAGAACCAACAGCAGAGGAAAAGCGAGUCCUCGGCAUCUCAACACACUACAUUAGUGGCCUAAAACCGGACCAACGAAUCCUCUGCUUCAUCCGGCCAUCAAACCCCGGUUUCAAUCUCCCGGAUUCUCCAGAAACAACGCCAAUGGUGAUGAUCUGCGUUGGGUCUGGAAUUGCUCCAUUCCGCGCGUUUGUUCAGGAACGAGCUUGUCGUGCCAAACAAGGAAAGAAACUUGCGCCCGCUUUUCUUUUCUUUGGGUGCAAAUCACCCACGAAUGACAAACUUUAUGGGCCAGAACUCGAUCAAUGGGAAGAAGCAGGGAUUGUCACUGUGCGUUAUGCUUAUUCUGGACUCCCUAGUAGAGAGCAUGUCCAGGAUAAAUUGUGGAAUGAGCGCGAGGCUCUUGUUGGUAUGUAUAGAGAUGGGGCGCGUUUCUAUCUAUGUGGACCGCUUGCGCUAAAAAAUUCGGCUCUCGCGGUGGCGAAAAGGAUCUAUAUGUCUACCGCUGAGGCGAAUGGGGAGGAAAGUAGUGAGAACGAGUAUCAGAAUUGGCUGGCAAAAAUGAAUAGGGGGAGGUUUGCAGUGGAUAAUUUUGCUUAA